AUGAAAUCAGGCAGCUCAUGGUUAAAUGCUGUAUAAUUGAAUCCACUUGACUUUGCUGAAAUCGAUUACUUGGAUCCGGCAUUAAAGGAUGGACACAAAGUCCUAUAUGAUCGCAUUUUAAACAUAAAUAUUCGAUUCUAAGAUCGGUUCUCAGAAGUCUAGGAACUUAGUUAACCAGAACCUAUUCGUCUACGAGUCUUAUAACUAGUAACGAUAUUUAAUCCAUAAUCAAUUAAAAUUGAAAUUAGUUCAGAGAAGGAUUUGUUCUUUUUAUUUCAUCACGAAGCCACAGUUAAUGGUUUCACUCAAAUAAAAGCAUUAUAGAACUUGCAAAUGCCUUUUAAGGAUUAUGCUCAGAUCACAAUAAUAAGGUCGAAUAAAAUUAUAAUGGAUGUCAUUAGAUAUGGAGCCAUUUUCUAAGUGAUGUUGGAUGGGUCUGCCAGAUUGGAAAUCAAUUAGACAACGGAAUUCCGAAGUGUGCACAUGAUUCACUUUGACUUUCAUUAAGUUGAGGAGUCCUUCCUUAGGCAAACCAUAGUAUUUAAAUACAAUCAACAACGAAAAGAAAUCAAGUAUCUUACUCAAUCACUUAACGAAUGCCGAAUGAGAGCCACUGGAACAUUCAAAUGA